AUGCUAAGAACUAUCUUCUGUACCGCUUCAAGAUCUAAUGUCAUAAUGACAAAGGCUAGGACAAGAGCUGCCUCUACUUUGGUAAGUCGUCGAUUCAUAAUGGCUAUGAAUAGUAAUACUCAAUCUAUAAUGAGACCAAUGGCCGUCUCUAUGCGUUUCUAUUCUGCAGAUACCGCUGCUCCAAAACUAAAUAAAGAUGAAGUCACACGUAGGGUCGUUGAUGUCAUCAAGGCAUUCAGUAAGGGUAGUACUAAUCCUACUGUUGCUGGUACCACGGAUGUGAACGCCGAUACUUUGUUCCAUAAGGAUUUAGGUUUAGACUCUUUAGAUACUGUGGAAUUGUUGGUUGCCGUGGAAGAAGAAUUCGAUAUUGAAAUCCCUGAUAAAGUUGCUGAUGAGUUGAAAUCAGUUGGUGAAACUAUUGAUUAUAUCGUCUCUAAUGCUGAUGCCAAUUGA